AUGGGUGUGUCGUCUGCACUCCUUUUGCGGAACAAAAACGACCCGUUUCUCAACCAAAUUGUGCCGUGCGAUGAAAACUGGAUCCUCUACGAUAACAGGCGACGUUCGGCUCAGUGGUUGGACAGCGACGAAGCGCCACAACACUUUCCAAAGCCAAAUUUGCACAAAAAAGGUUAUGGUGACUGUUUGGUGGUUUGCAAUAGGCCUCAUCCAGCACAACUUCCUGAAUACUGGCGAAACGAUUACAACGGAGAAGUGCCAACAAAUCGACGAAAUGCACCGAGGACUGCAGCGCACCUGCCCGGCGUUGGUCAACAGAAAGGGACCAAUCCAGCUCCACGACAACGUUCGCCCAUACGUCUCACAAUCGAUCCUCGAGCAGAAGUUGAACGAAUUGGGCUACUAGACUCUCCCCCAUCCACCAUAGUACCAUACAUACGGACCUCUCGCCUACUGACUACCACUUUUUCAAGCAUCUCGACAACUUCCUUCGCAAGAAAUGCUUCAGGAACCGAGAAGAUGCCGAAACGACCUUUAACGACUUUGUUGCGUCUAAGGACACCAUAA